AUGCGAAUUUUCGGCACGGACCCAGCGAAAAUUCACUCGAAUAUAGACAUUCUAACCUCUCAUUUUCUCAACCGCCUGGGUAAAAUCACCGCGAUUGAAUUACUUGAAGCUUACGCUAGAGGAGCUUGCAACGAGAAAGAAAAGCUCGCAGUGAAGUCAAAAGCCGAGUCAGAGUACGUAACCGAGUGGCUGGAGUCGCGCCGCGAUCAGCAGCGGCUGAGAGCCGAGAUCACUCGUGCGCAACUGAAGGACGAUCUCGAGCGAUGCAGAAUACGCGAGGGUAGCGAACGACUCGUCACCAGCCGGAUCGACGCCUAUCAUCGCCAAAGCAUCCAGGAGAAUGAGAGGAUGGCGAGCGAGUGGUUUGAGCGAAGGCGGGCGGAAAGUAGGUCUUACGAAGCUGAAAUUCUACGCCUGGGCGACGAAAUCGCCAAGAGCCGCGCUGCCCUCGAAGAAAUUCAGCAAGAGUACAACCAACGCCAGGAAUUCAUAGACACGAGCUUGGCGGAGAGAGAAGCAGCACGCAAAGCGCAGGAAUACGAAGCGUUCAAGCUCAAGUGGAUUCUCAAGAUACAGGCAGCUUAUCGCGGCAUGCAGGUGCGCCGCAAGCUCGGUCCUUAUCGCCCCGAAGACAAGAAGAAGAAACGACCACCCAAGCCUAAAAAGUAGAGCGCAACACGCGAAAAACUCAUCUGCUCUCGCGAUUGUCUGCUUUCACUUUUGAUAAGACUUUUAUUUUCAUUUUCGG